AUGAGCUCGGCUACGACGCCUCGUAUCCGUCGCACGGCCCAGAACUGGCAAUUCACCUACAACCUGUCGCGUCGCAUCAAUGACGUCCAGACAUAUCCCGUCCAGUCUCCCCAAGGCGCUACCAUCUUGAUAUUCGCCCACGAGAAUGGCGUCACGCUCGUGUGGCGAGGCGGUCGACGACUCAAACCGGCAGAAAAACAAGCGCCCAAGGAGAAGCGAAACGGGGCUUCUGAAGAUGUCAUCAUGAUAAUCGAUUCCGACGACGACGACCAGCCGCCUGCCAAGGCGCAGGCGACGCCAACUUUCGAGGACAAGCCGCGUUUCGAGGACGUCGCAGAGCGCACCCCGUAUCCCCAAAUUAUCCAGACGCUUGACCUGGCCCUGGGUACGAGCGUGUUGAAUGUGGCAGUGAUACCCAUGGCCCCGUGUGCUGCUCAAGACGUCUCCGCGGCUGGAGAUGCCCCUCUUUUGGCGGAGAAGAUGGUCUUCGCCGUGUCUUGUGUCACCAACGACGUCUACCUCAUCACCCUGCCACUGACGCCCCCGUCGCCGGAGAGCAAGGCGAGGGCGGAGCUGAGGACCGACCUUCUGGCCGGAACAGCCGGUUCUGGGGCUUGGGGCGAGUCGUUGGUUCUCCUCGGUGGACAGACGAGGCAUAGCGACGGACUCGCCAUGAAUCUGAUCAAGUCCAAGCACUCACCAGAGUCACAGGUCAAGCAGGGUAGAGUUGUGGUAGCGGCGCACUCCAUGCAAGCUUCCGGCACACUGCUGCUGUGGGAUGUUCCGCUGGGCUGGAGAUCCAAGCCACAGCGGCCGCUGGAGCCGUUCCAGACCGAGUUCUUGCCGCAUCCCCUCACCAGCAUCUCGUUCAACCCGACGCACACCACGCAGCUUCUCACCGUUUCCUCGCGUCAGGCAGUCCGAAUCUAUGAUCUCGCUGCCUCGUCCUUGCCGCCCGAACCCGAAGCAGUCGGCCCCUUUCCGCCACAAGGGUCCUGGCUAUUGUCCCUGUACCAGCCGUUUGCCAGACCUUCGGCGUCUAGGAAGCCCAUCUUGGAUGCUGUGUGGAUAUCGCAUGGGCGUGCAGUUUUCGCCCUCCUGGCCGACGGCAUGUGGGGGAUCUGGGAUGUCGACGGCGUCAGCCCCUCUCCGCCCAGCGCUGCCAUUUCCAACAAACUCAAGCCUGGCGUUCAAGGCGCGGCGUUGACGGUCUUUAGCGUAUCUGGACAUGUCGAAGGGACUGGCUCGCUGCGUAGCAUCGCCACACAACCAAAAGAGAACUCGUUGGGAGAGUUCGCACCGAUGACCCCUCACACACGACGCCAGGCCACUGCAUCCCUGAGCACGGCGGCAACGCUUGACCGCCUCUCCAGCGUCCGGGGCGGCAUCAGGACAGUUGCGCUGCCCUCGGCGGGUCGGGUUCUCCAGGACGAGAGCCUGGUCCUCUGGAUCGGUGGCCAGGAGCAUGUCUGCGUCAUCCCGGCGAUUUCCAAGUUCUGGGACUCGCAGCUGCGGAGAGGGCACGGUGGCGGUGUCAACCUGUUCAGCGGAGCGCAGCCAACGAGAAUGGUCAAGCUCCUUGACUUAUCCACGGGCCUUCUCGGCGAACGCUGCUGUGGCGCCAGCCUCGUGGCAGACCCCACCAGCAGCAGUGGGCAGAUUGACCCGGACGGCGGUCUCCCCGUCGACGUCCUGAUCCAAGGCGAGUCGCGGAUUGUUGUUGUGCGACAGGGAGAGGAUGGCCCUGGGACGAAGAUUGGCGGUGUGGUGGACAGGCGAAGGAGACGGCCGUUUUCAAAGGGCGAACGAUCGGACGCAAUCAUUGUGCGCGGACAGAAUGACAGGAUUGCCAGCAUGUCGUACAAUCUCGGCACGUCCAAAUCUGGAGUUUUGAGGCGGCGGUCUAUCUCGAAGAAUCAAGACGACACGCCUGAUGGCAAGGAUCCCUUGGCACAAUUACCAUCUCGCCCGCGCGUUGGAUUCGACUUUAUGAACACGCUGAAUGCGGCAGCCGAUGUCAGCGCCGACCUGACGCGUGACGUCGAGGCCGAAAUGCUGGACAUCAUGGAAAUCGACCAGGCGCUGGACAGCAUGGAAGACAGCCGGGGCAGCGGGAGGAAGAAGGUAUUUUUCGAGGACGGGUGA